AUGGCCGAGGCCUCCGCAGCGGCGCGACCGGGGCGGCGGCCCAAGGAUGUCCCGCGGCACCUCUGGGCCCGAGAGCGGCGGCGGAGCGCGGGCACGGGCCUGGCGGGGCCCAACACCGUCUACGUGCAGGUGGUGGCGGCCGGGAGCCGCGACGCCGGCGCCUCCGUCUACGUGUUCUCCGAGUUUAACCGGUAUCUCUUCAACUGCGGCGAGGGCACGCAGCGGGCCAUGCAGGAGCACAAGCUGAAGAUCUCCCACCUGGACAGCAUCUUCCUCAGCCGGGUGGCCUGGGCCAACGUCGGGGGGCUGCCAGGUAUGAUUCUCACAUUAAAGGCUAUGGGGCUUCAGAGGUGUGUGUUCCUGGGGCCACCAAAGCUGCAAAACUACCUCAAAGCAAUUCGACUCUUCCCUGGGCCCCUAAAGAGGAUGGAUUUAGCUGUGCAGUUGCACACAGAGCCUGAAUAUAAGGAUGAGACAAUGACAGUCUUGCAAAUACCUCUGACAGGAAAACCUCUGGCUACUGAAAGUACAUCACCUCAGAGUCCUGGAGUGUCAACUCAAGGUAGCCCUAAGAGGGACACAGGGCCUGGAUCCCCAAGAGCUGCACAGCAGAACGUGGAGGGGAGCAAGGAAAAACAAAGCCCAAAGAAAACAGGUGGUGAGCAGAAGGCUGCAAGCAAUCAUCCUGAUCUGGUGAUGGCUUUCCUUUGUAAAAUUCACCCAAAGAAGGGAAAAUUCCUAGCAGCUAAAGCACAGGAGAUGGGCCUGCCAGUGGGAACUCCAGCCAUUCUGCCCAUAAUUACAGCUCUGAAAAAUGGAGAGAGCAUAACUUUUGAAGGCAGAGAGCUCUUUCCUGAAGAACUCUGCACCCCUGCUGACCCUGGCCCUGUGUUCAUUGUGCUGGAGUGUCCUCACCAGGGCUUUGUGGAUGCCAUCUGUGAAAACCAAAACUUCCAAAGGUACCAGGAGGGACUUGCUGGGGACAGGGUGGCCCUGGUUAUUCACAUGACUCCUGAGUCAGUGCUUGGAGACAGCCGUUACCAGCAGUGGAUGGAAAGAUUUGGACCUGGAACUCAGCACUUGGUGCUCAAUGAGAACUCUUCUGCAGUGCACAACCCACGCAGCUACAAGAUUCAAACCCAGCUGAACCUCAUCCACCCUGAGAUCUUCCCUCUGCUCACCACCUACCAGAGCAAGGAAGAGGAGGCUGUGUGUAAAGUGCCCAUCGUGAGAGGAGAGUGCCUCCUGAAAUACCACUUCAGACCCCAACAGGAGUGGCAGAGAGAUGCUGUGACUACUUGUGAUCAUGAUGCAUUUGUGAGUGAAGCCUUGGAGCUCCCUGACUUCCAGGCUCGUGUGAAGGAGUGCAAAGAGAGCCUGCCUGCUGUACCAGGAGAUGUAGCUGCUUAUCCUGAAAUUGUGUUCUUGGGAACAGGAUCUGCAAUUCCAAUGAAAAUCCGGAAUGUCAGUUCCACCCUGGUAAAUACCAGCUCUACCCGAUCCCUGCUGCUGGACUGUGGGGAAGGAACAUUUGGACAGCUCUGUCGCCACUAUGGAGAGCGAGUGGACCAAGUGCUGUGUAACCUCCUGGCUGUGUUUGUGUCUCACAUGCACACGGAUCACCACUCGGGCUUGUUGAACAUCCUGAUGGAGAGGCGGAGAGCUUUUGCAGCCCUUGGUCAGGCUUUCAGCCCUCUGUUCCUGGUAGCUCCUGAACAGAUCAUGCCUUGGCUACACGAGUACCACAGCCACUGUGAAGAGAUUCUUGGAGACAUCAAAAUGAUUACUUCCCAGUCUCUUGUGAAAGGCUGUGAGAACAUCAAACCUAAAGCCAAAUGGUUUUUCAGUUCUCUGUUAGAGAACUAUGACUUGGCUGAGUUUCAGACUUGUGAAGUCCAGCACUGUAAAAAUGCUUUUGCAUGUUCAAUGAUCCACAAAUCUGGCUGGAAAGUAGUCUAUUCUGGUGACACGAUGCCCUGCGUGGCCUUAGUACAAAUGGGAAAGAAUGCUACCCUGCUGAUCCAUGAAGCAACACUGGAAGAUGGCAUGGAAAAAGAAGCAAUAGAGAAGACACACAGCACAACCUCCCAGGCAAUCCAGACUGGUAUGAAGAUGAAUGCAGAGUUCAUCAUGCUCAAUCACUUCAGCCAGAGAUACGCCAAGAUCCCACUGUUCAGUGAAGACUUCAGUGAGAAGGUUGGAAUAGCAUUUGAUCACAUGAAGGUACGUUUUGGUGACUUUGCGACCAUUCCGAAGCUGAUCCCACCUCUGAAGGCUUUGUUUGCAGAUGACAUAGUAGAGAUGGAGGAACGGAAGGAAAAACGGGAGAUGAGGCUUCUGAAGGAGACUGCUGUCAUGUUGGACAAACUGGCUGCUGGUGAGAACAAGGAAGAGCCUUGCCAGAAACGGAAACAAGCCAAGAACCAUCAGGAACUACCAAACAAGAAGCUGAAAAUUUACCAAACAGUAAACUGAAAGCAGCAAGGUUGAGAACACUCUGCUCUGUUAGAGGUGCCUUGCUCCCUGCAGGCCUUGGGAGCACACGGUGCUGCGAGCACUGUGGCAGAGAGGAUGGCCUCGGCACCUGAGUUUGCUUGGUCACCAGUGGAUCUCCGUGGGCUGCAGCCACCAGGCUCACAGCAGCAGCUUGAGUCCUUGCAGCAACAGUGUCUGCUCACACAGUUCCUGUUCUGGGCCUUGCCAGUCCGUGGGUCAUUUUUCUUUUAACCAAAAGUUCCCUUCUCUCAGCUGUUUUUAGUUUUGGUUUCCUGCUACAAGCUAUUGGUAAUGCAACAGCGGUUGUGACCUCUGCAAGAGAUACGGUUUGAGAAGCCCUGGAGGGGCUGUGGAUUCGCCAGAAUAAGGUGGGCAAGUCUCAGGGUUAUGAGGAAUGCAGCUAGGUAUCAGAACCCAGAUCAUAGGAGGAAAUUUCACAAUAAAAUGAGACCCAGUUAAAAAUUAACUUUUUUGAAUUA